GUGAGAAUUUAUGCCGAUGACGUUGGAAGUUCACCGUCGUAUAAAACCAUGAGGUUAUACCUGAUUAGAAUACUUUUUUUCUACUCUGGCUCGGUUAUAUUAUUAUCCUUUAGGAGGCUUUCUUCUGAGUAUCUUUUCCUUUUUAACCUUCAAUUUCCUUCUCCUAAUGUAGAAGAGGACGUAAAAGUGAAAGACGUUAACACUGCCCACUAUGGAAGCGUUUGAAGCCGAGCUCGCUAAGGCAACAAACCUUGGUAAUAGGGACUUGCUGGGUGCCGUUGCUAUGGUCAUUGAUAACAACGGAAACUUCUUAUACCGACAUGCUGCUGGACGCCAGUUUCUUGAUACCGACUCGCCACCUUUGGAUCCCAAUUGCACCAUAUCGCUCACCUCGGCAGGCAAGUUCUGGACCAAUAUCGCGGCCUUGCAAUUGGUUGAACGCGGCAUUCUGACGCUUGACGAACCGAUUAGGAAGUAUGUUCCUGAGAUUGACAAAUGCCUGCUGGUCGAGGAGGUGGACAUAGAGGGUCAAGGUGGAGGCGACGUGGAAAAUAAGGAGAAAGAGAUAAGGCUACGUCCACCAACGCGCGGCAUCACAUUGCGCGACCUACUUUUGAAUAUGAGUGGUAUGGGCACCCCCGAUACGUACCAAGAGCGGUUUGGUAGCAAGGAUAGGGUACCACCGCUGGACUUUCCCAAUGACGCCCAUCCACUAGUCAAGAAUCAAUUUACGCACCUUUUCUUUGAGCCGGGUGAGGGCUUCGAGUACGGAUGGAGUAUCUACUGCGUCCAGCUACUCGUCGAGCGGCUUGGCGAUAAGGACCGGUUCUUCCAGUACGUCGACGAACAUAUUUUUGGCGCGCUCGGCAUGACCGCUUCCACUUACCGACCGGUCCUGGUGCCGCAUGUCUGGGCGCGUCGCCUGCAGAUGGUAGGGCGUGAGCUGGACACCACCAUGACGGACGGCAAGGCCCGCCUCGUGGCCCGUGACGAGAACACGUAUGGUCUGGCCUGCAGCAUAUCCGAUCUCGCCAGGCUCUUUGGCGAUCUCAUGUCGCCCGACUGCAAGCUGCUCCAGGUCCAAGAACACCGCGAUCUGUUAUUCGCGCCACAGUUGACACCCGGCAGCCAUGCACACCAGUCGCUACUAGCCGAAACUACCAACUACGGCUUCCUGCUCCCCCUCGAACAAGGCGUGUCCCAUAAAGUAUCAUGGGCGUUAACACCACCUCCGGCGAUCAACUGGACCGCGGCGGGCGUACUUAUUGAGGAGGACGGCACCCUUCCCGGCUCGGGCAUCCCCAAAGGGACUGUGGCGUUUGAGGGGCAGCCAAAUGUCAUCUGGACUAUGAAUCGCGAAAAGGGGCGCAUGAUGCUUUUUGGUAACCAGUUGCUGCCCGGCUACGAUGUGAAAGCACAUAAUCUUGCGAUUCGGUUUUUGUAUGACGCUUGGAAGACGUUUGGCUAGGCGAGAAGGAGUAUAAAGUGUCAAGGAUUCAUUCCUAGUAUCUAAUAUAUAGGGUUAGCAGCAUGUUCAGAAAGAAAGCGGCAGAGCGUAUAUACCUAUGCAAUGGCCUUGGUAAUUCCUAGCUGUGUGUGCCAUGCUUGCAAACAAAUAAAUCGUUUUCAAUUAUAGUCAAAUCAAAUUGGGAUUUUCCCAAAUCAAAUCAAAUAAGUGG